AUGCGAACUCCGGACCCAACAGUUCCGUCCGCCAGAGUAAUCCUUGAGGAUCAGAGCGUAUCGCCCUCAUGCCUAUGUUCAUACCAUCUCUACCCGGGCCAGUUGCUACGUUUUGGCAGAGAACCAGACGCCAAUGAUGUUGCCAUCGUGCAUGGCGCUGUCUCAAGAAAACACCUUGAAUUCUAUGUCAUCACUUUCGACGAUGGUCCAGAUCAUCGACCAAUGGUCUAUGUCAGGGAUAGGCAGUCGACGAACGGAACGUUUGUAAAUGGCCAUCUUAUCGGCCAAGGGGCGCUCAAGACUCCUGGGAGACUGCUUUCUAAUCAUGAUUCCGUAACGAUCGAGCCAUAUUGGAGGUUCACGAUAGACCAAGAUGUGGGCACCACCGUCAGAACUUCUGUAUCUCCCUUGCGGCCGGCAGAUGCAAAGACUAUCAAGCGCUUCAAAAUCACAGGUCGAAGUCUUGGGAGCGGAGCUUAUGCCACAGUCUUUCUUGCCGAAGACAGAAAAACACAUCAGCAGCUCAUGUGCAAAGUCCACCAGUUGGACAGGCUUUCAGGCAAUUAUAUCCUACGUGCCGAGCGAGAAGCUGUCAUCCUCAGUCAGCUGGAUCAUCCCAACAUCAUGGCUUUCAAGCAGGCCUUUCGGUCGAGUUCAGUUUUUCUUCUCUUCGCUGAGCUUGCCACAGGUGGUGAUCUCUACUCACUUUUGAUGACUCACGGCUGUUUUUCUGAACUUGAGGCCAAAUGGAUAGUUCGACAGAUUGUUUUGGCCGUGUAUUAUAUGCACACCAAGGGCAUAGUCCACCGUGAUCUCAAGCUUGAGAACAUACUAUGUGCAGUUUGUCCAUCAUCGACAGAUAGGUUCGUAACUCCGGUGCAAGAAUACUUCAACAAUGAUGUCAAGGGCGUCUUCAAUCGCAAGUCGGUACAGCCCGACACCAAGCGCCAGCUUCUCCUAGACAGCUGCGAGCAUGGAUUUGGGGUGGACCUCUGGGCUAUCGGAGUCGUGACACUGAAAUUGAUCACGGGGGAAGAGUGCAGCAUUGAAGACAUGGCAGCUGCGUCUAGCAUAGAGCAAUGGUUGGACAGAAAAUUCAGCACCAAUUGCAGAGGCUUCAGCUUCUCGCAAGCCGGGAGGCAUUUUAUCAGUCGUUGCCUCACCCUGGAAGCCAGUGACCGCAUCACAGCAGCCCAGGCCUUGCAUCACGAGUGGUUCUCAGCUCCCGAAAGUGACCAUGCUGUACUCAUGAAAAAGGAAGAGGAAACAAGAGCUCAUUGGGCGCCGCGGGAGGUUGUUUUGCCAAUCAUCCAAGAGCUCCCAUCAAUAUCCGCGCCAGAUGCACAGGAAGUAGCGCGAGUGCAUACAAAGUCUGCUUACUUCUUACGAAUUGCCGAGCAAGCUUUACAACCACAGCCUAGAAGCGUCAAGAGGCCGCUCGAUACACCCAGUGAUAUUGUACCGUGCAAGCUGUUUAAGUGCGAAAGCUCCCGAGUUAAUACGGAAACGUGA